AUCUUCUCUGUGGAUAUAAGACGACUUCCAGUCCUUAUGAAAUUUAAUACACCAAAACAGUCUUCCUUUCAAUUUCUUAUCUCGACUAUACCCUUUACCAAGUUUCCCAAGUCUUCUCAAAUCCUGCAUAUAUUUACCAGAUAGAACAUCUCCAAAAUGGGUCUCUUCACUUCGACAGGCGUUGGAAAGGAGAGUGACAAAGCAGCUCAGAUACUCAAAAGCUUCGUCAGCAAAGGCAAAAUUCCCACAGAAGCCAUCGCGAACGCCAAAGGCCUAGCAAUAUUCUCCGCCAUCCGAGCCGGAAUGUACCUCGCUGGCUCCGGCGGUUCAGGCAUCGUCGUCGCGCGCCUCGCAGACGGGACCUGGUCGCCUCCCUCCGCCUUCUCAGUCCGAUCCGGCAGCAUUGGCCUCGUAUACGGCGUCGAUGUAUACGACUGCGUCUGUGUUCUCAACACAGACGCCGCGGUAGAAGCCUACUCCAAGCCCGAGAUGAAUCUUGGCGGUACAGUCGCUGCUGCAGCUGGGCCAAUUGGUGGAACUGCGGAUAUGAAUAUGAAGGAAUACAAACCAGUCUGGGUCUAUACCAAGUCGCGGGGCCUGUACGGUGGGCUAACGGUGGAUGGCACGGUGAUAAAGGAGAAGGGAGACGCGAAUGCUGAGUUUUAUGGAUCGAAGGUUACGGCGGCACAGAUUUUGAGAGGCGAUGUUCGUGCGCAGGUUGGAGGUAGCAAGUGGCCUGCGGGUGCGAAGCAGCUGGUUGAGGUGCUCAAGUUGGCUGAAGGGAAGAGAGCCGAUGAGGGGGUGCUCCAAGGGAUUAGCACCGAACCGACACCGGGUGAUUUGGAGGAAUAAGGUCGAUGUACUUCGGGUUGACCAGAAUGAUUCUUGGAGACUCUUGAUAGAACACCGGGGAUUGUGGAAUUGGCGUAGAGCAAGAUGGGUUAGAUGGGAUUGGUUGAUACCAUUGUGUACUCUAUUGAACUGCCAGUGGUGUUUUACUUAUGCGAAUAAUACAU